GGCACUCAUGUCAUGUACCAAUCGCAUUUGUCUCGAUCGCCGCAGCCGCAGAACGUGGCGAUCCGCGAUCAGUCCUCUCCGCGUAUUGUGGCGGCGGUGUGGUGCGUCGGUGCCCUGGUUGGCUUCGUCGCGGGCCUGCUGCCCUUCGCGGUCGUGUCGUACUUGAGGGGAGGCGAAUCCGAGACUUUGCUGCCGCUGCCGCCGCCAGAACGCGACGACGGCAGCGUCUGCUACACCCCCGGAUGCCUGGCCACGGCCGACUACCUCUGGGACGCGCUGAACCCGCUCGUGGAGCCGUGCCGAAACUUCGAGGAACACGUGUGCGGACGCUUCGGCGAGCUCGUCGGCGGGUCUGUCAGCGGGCUCGGGCAAAGCAUCGUGAACAGGGAAUUCGCGCUCGCCUACCUGAGGCUGGGGCUGGUCGCGGAACGCUACGCCCUUACCCGCAGCUCCGGGGCGCGUCACAAGGCCGCCACGCUGCUGCGGGACUGCAGGACCAUCGGCAGCUCUAGGAGGUCUCACCACAACGCGCUGAGGCAGUUCAUGCGCACGCUCGACCUCUUCCUGUUCAACCCGCCACCGAGUGCGCCCACGUCCGCCGACCACGUGCUGGCGCUGCACGUCGAGCUGGCUUACGCCUACGGGCUGAGCGCUGUGCUCAGGAUCCGGCCCAACGUGGCGCACUCUCUUGCCGUUGAAUUCAACGAAGCCCACAUGAAGACGGCGCUGCUCAAGCAACCGGACGCGCAGUACACUAUAAACUUAAUGGUCGUCGCCGGAGUGGCUGAGAGUGUCGAGUUGUUGCAGCUGAAGCAGUCGCUGCACAACGCCAUGGUGGCGGCGGUUGCUGACGCGAUUUCUGCGUACCAUGGCAGUGUCACUGAGACAACACCCAUGGUCGUUAAGAAGGUUGAGGACCUGUCGUUCACUGGCGUCAGCACCAGCGCUUUUGGGGACGCGAUCGAGGCGAAGACUCCGUACGCAAGGAACACCAGCGUGCUGGAAUCGCGCUUUCUCAAGUCCGCGCUGGAGUCGGUGUGGAAGCACAUGGCCGUCCCAAACCUGUUCCUGUGGACCAGCUGGAACGUGCUCGAGCGGGUCGCCCCGUUCGUGGAGCCAUCCCUGACAGGUUCUCCCGGGUCGGCGACCGGACAGGCGUUCGCCUUCUACUGCCUGCAGAUGGUAGCCCACGUCAUGGAACCAGCUUUGGCUGCUCUUGUUUACGUGGUAACGGAUAAGGAUCGGGCCGAGAUCACCGCCAUGGCGAAUGCGAUAGCCAGCUGCCUCAGCAAUAAAAGUCGUUGGCUGUCGGCGUUCUCGACGUCUCCUCCUCUUGUGGUCGGCCUGCCGUCGUACGCAGACAGCGUCGAGCGCCUGGACGCGUUCUACGCGUCGUUCCCGACGCCUCGCGGGUCGUUCUUCGAAGACUGGCUCUCCGCAGCGAAGGCCUGGCGGCAGCGCAUUUCGCCCAACGACUCGCACUUUGACCCGCUCGAUGGUGACGUCGAGGUGGCCGCCGACGGCACGCUGCUCAUUCCCGCGGCCCUGCUCACGGUUCCUUUCUACUCGUCGGACGGGACUGCGGCGGCCAACCUUGGGGGACUCGGCCACCUCAUCGCAAGGCGCCUCGUCAUCAGAUAUUUCGUGGCUGGUGCCGCCAGCGUCCCCGCCGAGUGUCGUCCUCCGCCGGGCUCGCCGACCGCCGGCGUGUUCGAGAACCUCCUGGCCUACGAGUGCGUCGUCGGGUCGGCGUUCGAUGCGAGUAACGCGAGCAGAGAUCCGCGGCUGCCCCGACUCCCGUCUCUGAGCCCAGCCAGGAUGGUCUACACGGCGGGCUGCCUCAAGGUGUGUCUCAGCAUUCUCGGCACAUUUCCCGGACCAGCCUGGAGCCCAGCACAGGGCAUAGGCAGCGUUCUGGUCUCGAUACAAUCGCUGCUCAACGAGCAGCCUUUCUACAACGAGCCAGGUAUGGCACAAGGGGAAUCGCAGAUGGCGUCCCAGGUGUACAACAACAGAGUGCAACACGACACCGUCAGGGUGGCCAUCUGCGACGCAGUGGGAGCCUCACUUCAGAACGAACCCCCCCUGCCCGCGAGACCUGGCGGAGGUCAUCCUGAAGACGUUCGCCGAGUCGUACGACAAGUACGAGCAGAAUGUUCAAUCCCCGAUCCAGAACAAUACUGGCCCGUCAUGGGCUCAGUACCUGGGCCUUAUGACUGCAACCACGUACCAGUACGAUCCACUGUUCACGAGGCUUCAGGAACUCCGCAAGCGGGUGAAUGACAAGAUUGAAGCUCAAGCCGCUGCUCAAGUCGCUGCUAAGUCCCAGCUGAAGCCACUGAUUAGCUGCUGACUGUCCGGAGGGCACGCUCUUGGCUCGCGAAACGAAGCACUCCAAGAAUGCAGAAACAAAAAUUCCAGUACUUAUAUAAAGUCAUUAAGUUAGGUAAGAACAAAUUGCGCAGAAAGCGUACAUAUGUAUCAUGUUCGCGAGAACCUUCCGUAUAAAUUAAAUUCAG